AUGUCCAACAAUAUCACUUCACUCCUCACCUGGGGAAAUCUGAAAUCCCUCCUCCUCUUCUUCGGACCCUUUCUCCUACCUCGCCUCAUCAACCACUACCGCGCUUUUCGAGUCCAACUCGCACAUCGCCCACCUCCCAGACCCAUACCUGCUGACGCAAACCGAGCCCUGAACUUCCUAUUCGGAGUCAUCGUCGUAUUCCUCACGUUGAGUGUACCGUCAAAUCCAUAUGCGCCAGCACAAAACAUAUUCACACAGACCGGAUCUCGAAUCAACACUCCUACAGAUGUCGUCUUUGCUCGUUUGGCGCGACACAGACCAGACAAUGCGCUGACCGACUACGAUAAGCUGUUACGAGGGAACUUGACUACUAUCGCUCAAAAGAAGAUUUACUUGCGUUUCGGGCCUGACGCGCUGUUGUCAUGCCAGUUCUGCAACCUGGAGGAUACGUUCUCGUAUCUUUUAUACUACCUGCCACUUAAUAUCCUGGUGCCUCAUUUGGUCCAUUUAGCUAUUAUCGGCAUCGUGACAUCAGCUCCUUUUGCAGGCGUCGAAGCUGGUCGAUGGCGGUCCUGGUUUGUCUAUGCUGCGCUGGGGCUGGCUGUUCUUGAUUGCUAUGUCAUGACUUCAUACGAUCCCAUCGCAGCCGCCGCACCAGCAGUUCGGGCGGGUCAAAUCCCGCCGCUGAGUCUCUACACCAGCAUGAAUAUGAUUCGCUUCUUGUCUAUGACCAUCUUCGACGCCGUCUGUGCUGCAUUGAUCUACAUCUCUGCCACGCAUCGAUUCUUCUACAGUCCGCCUUCGCCAAGUGACCAGGUCAACCAGGUCAUUGCCGCUGCGACGGCGGCGCUGACUAGCGCCAAUUCGAAAUUACAUAGUCUGAGCGUGACGCGGAAUGCGGUGGUGCGCGAUCAGUCGCUCAAGGCUCGCGAUGACUGGUAUUGGAGGACGGCGGUCGCCAUGGAAGGUUCGGGCGACGCGGACGGCGCUGGAGGCGGCAGUAUUUGGGAAGAAGAAGAAGUUGCUCGGGCUAUGUCACAGGUGAUGAAUGGCCGAAACCGUGGUCGGCAACUGGAUAUGGCUCAGCUCGGUGUCAAUGCUGGAGAGUAUGUGGACAAGGUCACUGCUGGGUUAGAGAAUGGUCCUUCGAAUUAG